AUGAACGAUGUGUCCGGGUUCCCCAAGACGGCCAGUGAAAGGAUCCAUUUUGUUUUCUCCAUCAUUGGCUUUGGUUGCUCGAUUCGGGUUCGGAUUUUGCCAGAUGGCAAGCACUCAAAUCAGCGCACAGGCCGCUCGAUGCAGUAA